AGCAGUAGCAGCACAGCAGCAGCAGCGCUCUAGUCACUAGGAGCCGUGGCGGCAGAAGCAGCAGCAGCACUAUCAGUCACAGCACAGGCGGCAGCAGCAGCAACAAACUCUCUCCUGUCUUUUUCUCUUCUUUGUGGAGUUGUUUCCUGCUCAGAGGACAAAAGCCAAGGAAGUAGAAGGGAAGUGAUCCAGGGCUGAUAGCUGCCAUCAAAAACAAAACCAAAACGCAGACCUGGCUGCCCCCAUGCCUAUCGAAUUUGUUUGCAAAAUCAAAUUUGCAGAGGAGGAUGAGAAGCAGAAAAGCAAGCAGGAUGGGGACAAGGAGAGCCUGAUCGAGGAGAGCUGCACGCCUCCGGCCAAGGACUUGGCUGGGUUUGCUAACUCCUGCUCCCUUCAUGGGAUUAACCACAUCUUUGUCUCUGGUCGCCUGGGCAUCCGGCAGACUCUCUGGGCACUUGCCUUUUUGACUUCACUGGCGCUAUUUCUGUACCAAGCAGCUAAGUGUGCCAUCUCUUACCUGGAGCACCCUCAUGUCACAGCCCUGAAUGAGGAGGCGACCCCCGAGAUGGUUUUCCCCGCUGUGACCAUCUGCAACAUCAACCGCUUUCGCUUCUCUGCGCUCACCGAUGCCGACAUCUACCACCUGGCUAACUUGACAGGUCUGCCCCCCAAAAACAGGGAUGGGCACAAACCUACAGAUUUAAUGUAUCCUGCCCCUGACAUGCAGGACAUCUUCAACAGGACAGGACAUCAGUUAGAAGAGAUGCUCAUGAGCUGCAAUUUCAGUGGACAGAACUGCUCAGUAGAGGACUUCUCUGUGGUUUACACCAGAUAUGGGAAAUGCUACACUUUUAAUGGCAACAAGACCACAUCGAGGAAAACCAAGCAGGGUGGAAUGGGAAACGGCCUGGAGAUCAUGCUGGAUAUACAGCAGGAUGAGUAUCUGCCCAUCUGGAGAGAGACAAAUGAGACGUCCCUGGAGGCCGGCAUCCGAGUUCAGAUCCACAGUCAAGACGAGCCUCCGUACAUCCACCAGCUGGGCUUCGGUGUCUCUCCGGGUUUCCAGACCUUUGUUUCAUGUCAGGAGCAGAGGCUGACUUACCUGCCCCAGCCCUGGGGGAACUGCCGCUCCACCAGCAAAGAGAAGUUCCCAGGAUACGACACAUACAGCAUCAGUGCCUGUCGCUUGCUCUGUGAGACCAACGAGGUUCUGCGAGUUUGCAACUGCAGGAUGGUGCAUAUGCCUGGAACUGCAGAUAUCUGCCCUCCCAGUAAAAUCAACUGUGUUGACAAAGCACUCGCACAGCUACAGAAGAACAGUGGGGAUACCUGUCCAUGCGAGACGCCCUGUAAUCUCACACGCUACGGUAAAGAGCUCUCCAUGGUCAAAAUCCCCAGCAAGGGCUCAGCUCGCUAUCUCUCCAGGAAAUACGACAAGUCAGAGGACUACAUCAGAGACAACUUCCUGGUCUUAGAUAUCUUCUUUGAAGCUCUGAACUAUGAAACAAUUGAGCAAAAGAAAGCCUAUGAUGUUGCAGGUUUAUUAGGUGACAUUGGCGGUCAGAUGGGCUUAUUCAUUGGAGCCAGCAUCCUGACAAUCUUAGAAAUACUGGACUAUAUCUAUGAGCAGGUGAUCAAGCAUCGGCUACAACGUCUGCUGAGGCCGCAGAAAGAGGAGAAGAAGAACAAGCAGCAGACCAGCACUGUUGCAACAGUGGGUCUGGAGGAAAUGAAAGCAAAGGAGCCUAAUGACAUGACACGGAGUCACCCAGAGGGGGCGUACGCCAACACGAUUCUCCCCAACCACCACCACCCUCACCACCAUCACACUGGGCACCACGGGGUGUUUGAGGACUUUGCUUGCUAGAGCCAGCCGUUGUUUCCAGUCCUGGUGACAACAAAAGAUAUGAGUUGUCUGUGUUGAGCUCAAUCACAGACCCUUGGCGUUUCUGUCGUUCCUUUGCUGUCACCAGUGAGAAAGCUACAGCCAAAGUCAAACACCAAACUUGUGCUGCUAACAAACCACUUGUACGUGCAGUAUGUAGGCACAAAUUGGACACAGCUUUUUCUUUUCUCUCUGUCUCUCUCUCUCUCUGUCUCUCUCUCUCUCUCUCUCUCUCUCUGUUUCUAUGUCUCUCUGUCUCUGGAUGGGACCCCUCUCAGCGUUGACCUGCUUCAUGUGAGAAGUCAGGCAAUUUGUGAUUUCAGGACCAAUUUUUGGUACAUGAUCACUUCAAGGGGACCUGUGGAGGACUGCAUGUCACCUUGAUCCAGUUUAUACUCAAAAAAAGGAAAAGUAUAAUUUAUUUAUUCAGCUAUUUUUUUUUCUGUCUGCAUCCCUCCAUUUAUCUCUCCUCAAACAAUCUCUCCUAUUUCAUGGAAAACACACUGUACCAUAAGAAACCCUUACACAUUAUAAAUUAUGUAAUUAUUUAAAGAGAUACUAUGAUCUAUAUGUUCUAUAUUGUAUACAAGAUGAGAAUACUUGAGCAAGCAAAUCUUAUUCGUGUUACAUCCACCUGAAGUAUGAGGGGAAUAAUUUAGGCUGAAUUGUAUGACCUUGGCUUAGAAGAGCUAGGAGCAUCUUCCCACAUGAUAACACUUUGUCUGGUUGUGGUUGAGGUGUUAGAGAGUAGCACUGUACUUGUACAUAAAGUCCAACUUUAAAAUGAGAAAGUUCUAAAAGUUCUGUUGUAAUUGUUGUUGUUUAUAUUCAGUUAAUAUAUAGCUUAGGUAAUAUUGAUUUUAGUUAUUUGUACAUUUUAGAAAAGACUUUUAUAUGACAAUAGCAAUCACGAUUGUAGCAAUUACUGUACACUUACAAUCAUCAGAUAUGUUAGACCGCCACACAUCAGUACAUCUGUCCGGGUAACAGAAAUGGACUGUAUGGAUCAUGACUAUUAUAUUUAUCAUUUCCUUUUAUAUGUCCUGCUUUUUACCAAACUGUUUAGUUGUUACCUAAACAUUUUCCAGGGCAACACACAAAUCUUUUGCAAAUGGAUGAGCAAUGGAUGAUGUUUUCAGUUAUGACAUGGUUGUACGUAAAUUAUUCUUUCUUAUUUAAUUCAUUUCUGCCCGCCAUCCCACUCUUCACUUUGGUUAGCAUCAUAACUUUAAGCUGACAUAAGCAUAGACACAGAAUUAAAUUUUUGCCAAGUCAUCUCCUUCAGCUGUGCGCCAGAACCACUGUAAAAGUAUAGCAGCUAUUUACAGUGUAGGCCUGGCAUCAAUGUGUGUGUUUGUUUGAAUGUGCACUUUAACAUUUUGCACACAUGACUGAGCACAUUAGACUGACGUGGUUUGGCUGAGCUGAUCCGUGGUUUUUAAAUUCAGAGAAGUUAGGAAGAAAGCUCGGAGAGUUUUAUUGCAGUACUAAGGUUUUUCUCUAAUAAAUCCAGUUCCACAGCUGCACAGAGGAGUGUAAUGUAAACAUUGCUCUGGAGGAUGAAAUAUUUAUAUUGAUUUCCUUAAACCUAAAAGGGCAGGGCAAGGACACCACAGUUUUCUAAGAGCACAAGUUUGCAUAUAGCUGGAAUAAAAAUGGAGACCUUACAUUAAUUAAUUCAUAGUGACAUUGGUCCUCAUGAUGGAAGGUCAGCUUGCUCUGUAGCCGUCUUCAGCCUUUUCCACUGCAUGAACUUAACAAACUGUUACACAACCAGACCUCUCAAGAACUUGUGAGGAUUUGGUUCAAGGUUCUUCCUUGCAUGAAUCUUUUCACAUUUGGAUUUACACUGUUAAAAAGGCAACAGCAGUACCAACUAUUCUUUGUCAUAUAACAUAAACUCGGAAGGAAAGUUACGUAAAUGGUUAUGAGACAGACAGUGAUGGAGGAAUUGCUGCAGAUAUUGACACUAGGACCAGCAGAGGCCAGUCAGUGAUAUGACGCCAAAACUUAGAGCCACUUCAAAUUUUUCAGUUGUGCUGCUCCACAUACAUAGAUGCGGUCGUAACAUGGCAGUUACUGUUGUUGUGUUUGUUGUAGUCUCACACAUCUGACAUCAAUUAUAGUUGUCAGCACUUCUGGCAAACCCCAAAAGUACCUCGAAUUCACUUAAACUUCUUGGACAAUGCUGAAAAUUUGUUCCAGGAACUUUUCCCCAAAACAGAUGAGGAACAAUGGAAACAAAAGCAGAACCUUUGACAACGGCUACAUGUCAUGUUUCGUUAAGUUUGUGCAGUGGAAAGGGCUUCACUGUGGGUUACCCACCAAACAGUUAGUACUGAAGUUCUAAGACUAGCUGGACAAACGAGCUAACGUAGCAUGACCUGACACCAGUUAGUUUGGGCUUCAUAAUGUAGUCUCUUUUCAUACCCUUUUGCUUUCAUGACUGGGCUUCAAUCUAAACUUAUGCUACAGUCAGACUUGCCUUGUUUUUUGCAAGUAUAUGCUCAGCUCACUUAACUGAGAAUCAAGUAUUCAGAAUGAUGUUUGAUGAACUCUGACCUGCAAAAUGUUAAACUCGUUGCAUUAUUGGUGCGUUAUAAUUUCUCUUGUUGUCCCAUCAUUUAUUUAUAUAUUGGCCUAUGUUAAGAUAAAAGCAGCAUAACAGCUAACUCAGCCUGAUUCACAUUCAGUUGUCACAUGGGAAUACAUGUUCUAAAUCACAAAGCAAAUGCUUUUAUCUUGGUUAAGAUGUUUAAAGCAUGUUCAUAAUUUGCUAUCUUGCUGGAAUUUGGUCUUGUAAGUGUGAAAACAGACACCACAUAUCUGAAAACAGAGUGUGAACAAAAAUUGUUGGACUAAAUUUUCUUCAAGUUACUGCACAAUGCCAGUGGCAGACAAUCCACUUUUAACAUUUGUCUGGGAAAUGUAUGACAUACUUCAAAUCACAGGUUACCAUGUUUACAAAUGAUGAUGUAAUUAUUUUUCUGUUAAUUUGAUUGGUGCAUUCUGUUGCCACAAUAUCGCUAUACAUCACUUUUGCUCACAGUGAAAUUCCACAGUCCUCCAUCUGUCAAAUCCCCUCCUCCUGUCAAGUAAUCAUGUGCUAUACAUGGGUGUUUAAUAUUCAUAAUCAUGUGUCACUUUGACAUUUUCAAAAGGUUCCCAAUCACAGUCUCUGAUGGCAUCCUGUACAGGCUCUGCAUAACAAUCUGCUCCUCUGUCAUCAAUAAUUGUAGCUAUCCUCAGACAAGUCACAGGGGCUGGUGUGCUGAGAUGAAUACAGGGCUGAUUUACCACUGUAGAGUUUAGUUUGAAUGGUAUAGCCUGGAGUCGAUGUAGAAAAGGUUUUUUAUCCUUGACAUGCUGUGUUUAGCUGCACUGGAAAACACAACCUGAUUCAUUCUGUAUCCAAAAGCCUUUAAAAACACAGAUGAGUUGAUGUUAUAACAGCAGUCUGUGUGAGGUGCCACAGGACUGAGAGGUGGGCAGCAGGUCUUUACUGUAGCAGAUGGGACAACUUCCCUGCUUGAUAACAUGUAGCUUAGCUCACAUUCCUGAGAUUCCUCGAGCCUCUGCUCUAAUCUCCCGUCUUGCACAGCUCUUUAAGUCUACCUUUUUAUAGCUCCAUGACAUUCAGCCUGUGUAUGCUUAUUACAUUAUACAUAAAAAUCAAUUUAAUCCAACCAGCCAACAAUGUUAAUUUCUGAAUAGCUGCUAUUUGUCCUUUUUUUUUUUAGCUGAAUAUUUUUAGCUGAGACCUGAGAGGUCAUCUGAGAAAAGUAUUAGUGCAGGGAGAUGCAAGCAGCUGUCAGGAAUUCAUAAGGAAUUUCAUCCCAUAUCUGACAGAAAUGGAAAUGGACCAUCACUGCAGUAACAAGAAACGCUUACAUUUUGUAAAGAAGUGUGAUCUUGUGAUUAUAUCCUCUGUUAGAACACAUUUUAUAAAUGUUAAAUAUGGUAAAUACGAUGACCAUUAAAGUUUAGAUAAAAACCAGUGCUUUCUAAAUAUAGAGCCAAG